AUGACUACUACUGGCUUUAACAGCGCCAAUGUGAGUUCUCGCAACUCGCCGGCCAUCGGAUCGUCCGCCGCCCAGGUAUCAUCGAGACCGAAGCGUAGCAAGGUCAACACAAAUGGCUACCACCCAACCAAUUCUCAGACCCCGUUGAGUUCCAUGGCUAGCACGGGGCUAGAUCUCACCUCGGUCGAACGUCGCGGCCAACCAACGGCUGUGCGCGAAUCUCUUAAGCAGAAAUCGCGACCCCAUGGCAUUUCCGAAGCCCCAACUUAUUGUCCCACGGAAGAGGAAUGGCGGGAUCCGCUGGAGUAUAUGAAGAAGAUUACGCCAGAAGCCUCCCAGUUCGGUAUUUGCAAGAUCAUCCCACCGGACUCAUGGAACCCUGAUUUUGCCAUCGACACGGAGAAGUUUCAUUUUCGAACUCGAAAACAAGAGCUCAAUUCUGUAGAGGGCAGCACUCGAGCAAAUCUCACUUAUCUAGACGGACUCUCCAAAUUCCACAAGCAACAAGGCAGCAACUUGCAUCGUCUGCCUUACGUAGAUAAGAAACCACUCGACUUGUACCGCUUGAAGAAGGCUGUUGAAUCCCGUGGCGGGUUUGACAAGGUCUGCAAGUUGAAAAAAUGGGCGGAAAUUGGGCGAGAUUUGGGAUAUAGCGGCAAGAUCAUGUCUUCGCUGUCUACCUCCCUAAAGAACUCUUAUCAGCGAUGGCUGUGCCCAUACGAAGAUUAUUUGCGUCUCGCUAAGCCCGGUGUUCAUCAGCAACUGGAACAAGAAUAUGGCGGUCCCUUGACCCCUAGCCCGGCACAGACGCCUGCGAAAAAGUCAAAUGUCAAUACGCCAUCCAGCGUCAAAGGGGACUCGCCAACCCGACAAGCGUCCGAUGCUUUGCAGAGCAGCCUAAAUGGCCUGAAAAGAGAAAGUGACCGCGACACCCCCAUGCUCGAUGCCCCGCCAGCACCAACAUCUGCUGCAACAGGUGGGUUCAGAGCCAUCAACUCUAACGGUUUCACUGCCGUAAAUGCUGCAUCAAAAUCUGCCAAUGGAGAGAGUAGAAGCUUCACACCAGAUCCAAAGCGGGUGGGCAGCCCGGCAGCUUCCACAAGCAAUACACCAGAGGCUCGAGGGUCUAGUCUGAAUCCUGCGGCCGCUGUAAAACGCCAACUGGGGGACUCGGCCGACUCGGCUAAAAAGGACGCGGACAUUGACAUGGAGGACGCUGAUGGCAGCAGCAGUAGACGAAGCAAGCGUCUCAAGAAGGAACCCGUACCUACGGUUGCCGGGUCUCACAUGACACCUUUCCGACCAUCUGUACCACGCAUUCCCAAGGAUGAGACUACGGCUUUGGGCGAGAGGUGUGAAAACUGCGGUCGCGGAGAGGACAGCGGUGCACUUCUCGUGUGCGAAUCAUGCGAUAACGCGUACCAUGGACCAUGCCUGGACCCCCCAGUGAAACGCCGACCUGACUCGGAAUGGAACUGCCCAAGAUGUCUUGUUGGCGACGGCCAAUUCGGCUUCGAAGAAGGGGGCCUGUACUCUCUGAAGCAGUUCCAACAAAAGGCAAAUGACUUCAAGCAGGGCUAUUUUGAGAAGAAGAUGCCGUUUGAUCAUACACUAAACUGCCUUCGGCCUGUCACUGAGGAAGAUGUCGAAACUGAGUUUUGGCGAUUGGUGGCGGAUCUUGAGGAAACCGUGGAAGUCGAAUACGGUGCCGAUAUCCAUUGCACUACGCAUGGCUCAGGUUUCCCAACGCUUGAGAAGAACCCAAAUAACCCGUACGCCUCUGACCCAUGGAAUCUCAACAUUCUUCCACUUCAUCCGGAGAGUCUGUUCCGUCACAUCAAGUCAGACAUUUCUGGCAUGACGGUGCCUUGGGUUUAUGUAGGCAUGAUAUUCUCUACCUUCUGCUGGCACAAUGAGGAUCACUACGCAUACUCUGCCAACUAUCAGCACUUUGGCGCGACGAAGACGUGGUACGGCAUUCCAGGAGAGGAUGCCGAAAAAUUUGAGGCAGCGAUGAGGGAGGCAGUCCCCGAGCUGUUUGAGACGCAGCCCGACCUUCUAUUCCAGCUUGUCACCUUACUGACUCCAGAGCAAUUGAAGAAGGCCGGGGUAAGGGUAUAUGCACUUGACCAACGCGCCGGACAAUUCGUCAUCACCUUCCCCCAAGCUUAUCAUGCCGGUUUUAACCAUGGCUUUAAUUUCAAUGAGGCAGUGAACUUCGCACCAUUUGACUGGGAACCUUUUGGCCUCGCCGGCGUCGAACGAUUGCAGCUUUUCCGAAAACAACCAUGCUUCUCACACGAUGAACUCUUAUGGACUGCUGCCGAUGGGAACACAGCAACUGGUCUGUCAAUUCAGACUGCCAAAUGGCUAGGACCUGCGUUGGAUCGAAUCCGAAAACGCGAGCAAGUGCAACGGGCGGAUUUCUUGGCCAAACAUUUGGAUCUUUCCCCUCACAAGUGUCCUAUCGAUGGCUCUGGGGAAGAGGGCUGUUCCCUGGCCUUCAAGAUUGAGGAGCACGAUGUCCUCAACGAGGAGGAGCAGUGUUGUACUUACUGUAAAGCGUUUGCAUUUUUAUCCAGGUUCAAGUGCGAGCGUACCGGUAAAACUGUCUGCAUCAUUCACGCAGGAUACCACCCAUGCUGCGACUUGACAGAAGAGCAACGAUUCGCCGGCGAGGGCCACACUUUGAUUUACAGAGUCACCGAUGACGCAAUGGCCGCAACGUAUGAGAAGGUUCUGGAGAAAGCUCGGACGCCGGAACAGUGGGAAGACAAGUACGCCAAAAUGCUUGAUGAAGAAACAACCCCGUCACUAAAAUCUCUUCGAGCCCUACUUCACGAAGGCGAGCGCGUUCCCUUCGAUCUUCCGUCCCUUCCUAUUUUGAAGGAGUUCGUCGACCGAUGCAGCGACUGGGUUGAAGAAGCCACCAACUAUACCGUGCGUAAGCAGCAGAAUCGCCGCAAGAACGAAAAGGCAUGGCAAAGUGGUAUGCGUAAAUCGAUUGGGAGCUCGUACCAGGACCAAAAGGAGCGAGAGUCACGCAAUGUGAGCAAUAUUUACCGUCUACUUCGUGAGGCAGAGCACAUUGGGUUCGAAUGUCCUGAGAUUGCACAACUCCAGGAGCGAGCUACUGCCAUCAAGGAGUUUCAGCUCAGUGCAGCCCGCACGCUCGAGAAUACAGCCACUAUCUCAAUGGAGACAAUCGAAGAAUUACUCGAGGAAGGCCGCAGCUUCAAUGUAGACACACCUGAAGUCGAUCGCCUUUCUAGGGUCCUUGAACAGAUGCGAUGGAAUCAGAAAGCUAGGGCCAAUCGAGGGCUAUUCUUGUCUUUGAAAGACGUCAAGGAGCUGAUCGAGGAUGGCAAGCGACUCGAGGUCCCAAGCUACAACGACCACCUCAAGUUUUACUCAGAUCAGAAACUUGCCGGAGAGGCCUGGGAGGCCAAAGCCAGGGAGUUAAUUCACGCCCCCGUCGUGCAUUACCCACAGCUCGAAGCGCUAUCCAACCAAGUCCAAGCAAAUGCCCUUCCCGUAUCUCCAGAUACCCUGACCGAAGUCGACAGGAUCCUGCACAAACAACGUGAAGCACAUCGCCAGAUUAUGGAUAUUACUGAGCGUUGCCGUAAUACUGAUUUCCGAAAGCGGCCCAAGUAUACUGAGGUUGUGGACAUCAUCAGAAAUGUCGAUGAGCUUAACUCGAAGCCGAAUGGCACACUUGACUUGGAAAAUGAGCGUAAACGCCAUGAAGAUUGGAUGCGUAGGGGAAAGAAGCUGUUUGGAAAGUCGAAUGCCCCGCUACAUAUUCUCAAGAGUCAUCUGGAGUAUGUUCUAGAACGCAACAUGGACUGCUUUGACGUGGAAAACGACACCCCACGGCAACCUGCGGAACCAGUGUCCCGCGAGGUAACCCCUGAGCAGACGGGAAAUCGGUUUGACGACCGCACCAGACAGGUAUUCUGCAUUUGUAGAAAAGUAGAGGCUGGCAUGAUGAUUGAAUGCGAGCUAUGCCACGAGUGGUAUCACUACAAGUGCUUAAAAAUUGCUCGUGGUAAAGUCAAGGAAGACGACAAAUAUACCUGCCCCAUCUGCGACUGGCGGAUGAAGAUUCCUCGUGACGCAGCGCGCCCAAAGCUUGAGGAUCUCAUUGCUCUAACCGAUGAGAUUCCCCACUUGCCUUUCCAGCCUGAGGAGGAGGAUGUGUUGAAUCGCAUCAUCGACAAUGCUCAAGGCUUCCGCGAUCAUAUUGCACGACUAUGCAACCCCAUCGUGUCGACAAUCGCCGAGUUGGAGACUCAGCGAUUCUAUCUUCGCAAGCUAGAAGGUGCCGAAGUGCUGCUUUCGUACGAGACAAACUUUUUCCGCCAAGAACUACAUAAAUGGUGUCCUGUCGCGCCAGAAGCACCACCUAUUCUUGAGGUCUCACUCAGCACUCGCAAGCCUCGCCCAACCAAGCUUCAAAAGAUGUUGGCCGAGUACGGGGUAGAUAACCCCGAUGACUUGCCCGAGCAUGCGAAAGGCAAAGCAAAUAGUUUGCGGCGGAAGGCAGCAAACGCUGAGGCGGCUGCUGCGGCCGCACAAAACCCCAGCGGGCAAUUGCUUCAUCCACCGAAUAACUCUACAUACGGCGGCCCAGCUUUCUUGGUUGGAUCGGGUAGCUCAGACUCACCUACCUCCCCGCAAGGGCACCCAGACAAACCUGGUGGUUCAUUAAGCGACAAUCACAGCAAAGGCGACCCGAUGGUUGUAUCCAGUGGCCUUCAACGUGGUCUCCUGGGCUCGGCUGGUCCUGUUUUCGUGGAUAACUCAGCGCUGAGCUUGGAAGAGCGCCUGCUUCGAGGCCAUGAAGACGACGUUGACCUAUACACCGAGGCCGGCAAGAGUAAGGCCUUGGAAAUCCUCGGCCGUACAGAGGUUGGCCGUGAGCAAGCUGAAAAGAUAUGGGGUCCGAACGUAUGGGGUCCAAAACGAGGAUCGAUGAGUGAGGCUGGCCGCCCCAUAUCCCCAUCUGAAGUCGAUGGCAAUACCAAACCAGACGAAGGAAACGUGGAUCAAAUGUUCAAGGAGAUGACAAACGAAGAGGAUGACGAAGACAACAAGAAGAAAGACGACAACAAUACAACAGAGACCGUGACGGCAGAGUCUCUGGAAAGCGAGAGAAACGGCCUCGACGCAAUGAUAGAUGGAGAAUAG